AUGGAAAAUAAUGCAUUUGCACAGAAGAUAUAUUUUAAAGGAUUUAAUGAAAGAAAAAUAAAUUAUUUAAAGUUUGAUGAACAUUCAGAGAAUAUAAGCAUAUCCAAUAAUAGUAGUAAUAUACCGAUGAGAAAUAUUAGUAAUAAUAAUGAACGUAUGCAAAUAGGCAAACUGAAUGUACAGAAUAUAAAUUCAAAUACAAAUUUAACACAUCAAGGAAGUAAAACUAUGAAUUUUGAAAAUGAGUAUAUUAACAGUUCAACCCAAAAUACUCAAAAUUUUAAUGCAGUUCAUGGGAAUUCUGGGUAUUCAAAUAGCCAAUUGUUAUUUUUGAAUAAAAACAUGAAUAGUAAUAAUAGUAUAAACCCCUCAAUUAAUAAUAUAGGAAAUUUAAAUAACAUGUACAAUUUUAAUAAAAAUUUAAAAAGUAAUGAUAUUUUAAAGGACAAUAUAUUAAAUAAAAAUAUGUAUAAUGAUUUUAAACAUGGAGAUAAUAAAAUGGAUUUUAAUAAUUUGAAUAUGAAAUCAUUUACAAAAUCUAGAAAUAUGAAUAUUCACAAUGUUAAUAGUAAUUCAAAUAUUAAUGGAAAUACUAAACUCAUUCUUCAUGAUCUUAACUCUGAUCAUAUAGAUGUAGGAAAUAAAAAUAAUAUAAAUGAUUCAUAUAUUAAUUCAUAUAAAUUAAACAUAAAUACUGGAAAUAUUCCAGGGAAUCAUCAACAUAUAAAUAACUAUGAUAGUAAUGUGAUGGAUAAAGGAACAAAAACGGAUGCAAUAUAUAACAGUGAAAAUAAUAAUAUGAAUAACAAUAAUAAUAAUAUGAAUAACAAUAAUAAUAAUAUGAAUAACAAUAAUAAUAAUAUGAAUAACAAUAAUAAUAAUAUGAAUAGCAAUAAUAAUAAUAUGAAUAGCAAUAAUAAUAAUAUGAAUAGUGAUAAUAUAUAUCUUAGUGGACAAACUAAUAACACUUUAAAUAGAAAUAAUAUAAAAAAUAAUUUAAACAAUUUUUUAAAUACAAACAUUUUGAUGAAUAAACACAGAAAUAAGUUUACUAGUGAAAACACACUUAACAGCUUUAACUCAACAAACAAUGAACUUAUUGGAAACAACAAUAAUAAUCAAAAAAAUAAAAAUGCACAUUUAAAAAUGUAUGAAAAUGAUAAUAUACAAAUUUUUAAAGGAAUUGAAUCUAACAAUGAUUUGAUAAUUAAUCAUAUGAAUCAAGAAAUGUUGGGAAAUAAUUUUAACACACAUACUUCUAAUUCUAAUAUUGGAGGUAACAACAUGACCCAACUAGCUAAUAUUGGAAAUACGCCUGGGAAUUUGGCUAGUUAUAAUAGGCCGAAUACACACAAUGUUAAUAUUAUGAAUAAUAACAAUAAUAAUAUUGGAAAUAACACACUAAAUAAUGUAAUGCAUAAUCAAAUAGCAAACCAAAUUAGUGGGCAUUUAACCAACCCGAAUAUGAAAAAUAUGACAAAUUCGAAUAACAUGCAUGUAAUUGAUACAGACAUUUCAAACUUUAACAAAAAUAUAUUAUUAAAACAAACAAAUGUUAAUAAUACUGGAUCCCAUUCAAAUAUAAACAAUUACAAUAAUACUAAUAUAUCUCAUAUACAACAAAAUGUUUCAAAAUUUUCUAAAAUGAAUAACAUGUAUAAUGACAUUGUUACAGGAAUAAAUAAUGUAGAAAAUAAUAAAGUAAAUGUUCGAGGAAAUUUAAUAAAUUUUGAAUAUUUAAAUGAUAAAGAUAACAUAAAUGAAUUACAAAAAAAUAUGAUUCUUAAUGAUAGUUCAUCAAAUAUAAAAAAUUUUUCUAUAAAUAAUGGAAACAUGGAUUUUUUAAAUAACAAAAAUGGGAUUGAUAUGGUAAACAAUGUAAAUAAUUUUAACAAUGUAAAUAAUAAUAAUCAAAUUAAUUAUGUACCUGAAAUUCAAAAUUUUGGAAAUACAUGUAGUAAUAUUUCUAGUACCAACAUAAAUUAUAAUAUGCUGAAUACAAUACGAGAUGGAGGGAAUGAAAUAAAAAUAAAUGAGCAAAUUAUAUCUAAAAAUAUUGAAAUCCCCAAAAAAAGCGGUGUAGGAAAUACCAUACAAAAUAUAAGUUCUAAUAAUAUAAUAACCACAGAUAAUUAUGCUAAUUUGUUAAAACAAAUAUGUACACCAAUAAAGAAUAGAACAGAUAACACUGCUAACAGUGUUAGUGAUAAUUUGAUUGUAAAGGAUUUUGGAGACAGUUCAAAUGAGUAUGGUCCAAAUGCUGGAAAUAUGGUUGCGGGAAUAGAUUGUGACAGUUUAACUACAAAACAAAACAAUUCUAAUUCUAAUUCUAAUUCUAAUUCAAAUGAGGAAAGAGAGAUACAAAGCAAUUACAUAUUAACAGGAAAAUAUAAUAAUCCAAACAACAAUAAUAAUAACAAUAGUAGUAACAAUAAUAAUAACAGUAGUAGUAACAAUAGUAAUAUAUAUGAACUGAAAAAAUUAAAUUUAUAUGCAGAAAAUAAAAAAAAAAAAGAGAAUGAAAAGAAUGAUGAAAAGACAUUUAAAAAUAAUAUUAAAAAAAAUAAAACCAAAGUUUUUUUUUAUAUAAACCCCAAAUAUAUUAUUGAACCUUUAAAAAGAAAGAUAUAUCAGAAUAUGUCUGUUUUUAUUGAAAAUUUAAUUAGUGAUAUACAAAAAAUAGAAAAUAAAAAUCGUGCAGAAAUUUUAGAAAAUCUUCAUAAUACUCCUUGGUUUUGUAUGAUAUUCGAUUUUGAUGGAAUUAGUAAAUUGUUAAAUGUUUUUAACAAAUAUUUAAUUUAUUCUGAUUCGUUAAUUAUACCAGAUAUCCUUAUGUCUACUAAAUUGAAUAAUGGUAAUUUACCUGGAAUUAAUUCAGGCGUUUCAUCUAGAAAUGAUAUAGUUAAUUCUACAUGUGUAAAUAAUGAAAAAAGUGAAAUUGAUGAAGAAAAACAUUUUGAAGAAAACGGAAAUGAAAAUAAUGUAGUGAAUAAAAGUGGAAGUGAUAUCAAUAAUGAAUAUAUGCAAAGUUUUAAUUUUUAUUUUGAAAAAAGCAAUAAAUUUGAUAUAUUAAAUAAAAAAAUAUAUGAUUAUGAAAAUAAUAUUAUUGAAAAUGUAGAAAAAUUAAACUAUUUAAAAGACUUGUGUAGAUCUCUAAAAAGCCAAGUGGAUUUAAAAAAAAAAAAAUUUUUAUUAUUAUUUGAAAAAGCCAAAUUAAAGAAUUAUAUAUAUAAGAAUAAAGAUUUACAAACAAUUUUAGAUAUAGAAAAAAAAUUGGCUAUAAAUGUUGAACAACCCAAAACAAAUAAUGAAUAUUAUACAGUAUUUAAAAAAAUUAAUGAUGGUUUAAAUUAUUUAAAAAAAUAUUCAAACAUAAUAAUAUUAAAUAAUAGCAUGUAUAAUGAUAUAUUAAAUGAGCAGGAAAGUGGAAACUUUUGUGAAUCGUCUAUAUCAACAGAUGAGUUAGCACAUGAAGAAAACUUAAAUGAUGAUAUUGAUAAUAAUAAUCCUGACGAAGAUAUAAAUAACAUGAAUAUUUCUCCAAGCAAUCAAAUUAAUAAAAGAAAUAAUGAUAAUCAGAAUCAAAAUAACAAUGACGAUAAUUUAUUUUUUAAAAAUAAAAAUGCUACAUUAAAAGACUAUGAACAAGAUAAAGAAGUUAAUAAAAAAAGAAAAACUAUUAAUCAAAUAAAAAAUUUGCAAUGGGAAAAAGAAGAAAAUGAAGAAUGGGUUGAUGAUUUUUUAGAGGACUUUUAG